CCACCAGCACAGUAAUGACAAACCUUCUGCGAAUGUCCUGAUCUGCAUUGGAUGGCUUUCAAAAUCUCAUAGUCUUACAUAUAAAGUACACUGACCGCUGCACGAAUUUCACAUGUCACAGAUUUGAACACAGGAAUGAACCUAUGGCGGCCGCGCUGUAAGAAAAGGGAAAAGAAAUCGAGAUGAAGGAAAAAUCAAAAAAUGCUGCCCGAACAAGACGGGAAAAGGAAAACAGUGAAUUUUAUGAACUGGCUAAAUUGCUGCCACUGCCGUCUGCAAUAACCUCGCAGCUCGACAAAGCCUCAAUCAUAAGACUGACAACCAGCUACUUGAAGAUGAGGGUGGUUUUCCCUGAGGGACUGGGAGAAGCCUGGGGUCAGACCAGUCGUGCUGGUCACUUGGAUAAUGUCGGCCGGGAACUGGGAUCUCAUCUGUUACAGACACUGGAUGGUUUCAUCUUCGUGGUUGCCCCUGAUGGGAAGAUUAUGUACAUCUCCGAAACGGCGUCAGUUCAUCUGGGACUUUCACAGGUAGAGCUGACUGGAAAUAGCAUUUAUGAAUAUAUCCACCCAGCUGAUCACGACGAGAUGACUGCAGUUUUAACAGCUCAUCAGCCCUACCACUCUCACUUUGUUCAAGAAUAUGAGAUUGAACGGUCAUUUUUCCUGAGGAUGAAGUGUGUCUUGGCGAAGAGGAAUGCAGGCUUAACCUGUGGCGGUUACAAGGUUAUCCAUUGCAGUGGCUACCUAAAGAUACGCCAGUACAGUCUGGACAUGUCACCAUUUGAUGGGUGUUAUCAGAAUGUUGGAUUGGUCGCAGUAGGCCAUUCAUUGCCCCCCAGUGCUGUGACGGAAAUUAAACUGCACAGUAAUAUGUUCAUGUUUCGAGCCAGCCUUGACAUGAAGCUUAUAUUCCUUGAUUCCAGGGUAGCUGAACUGACAGGUUACGAACCUCAGGAUUUAAUUGAAAAAACUCUCUACCAUCAUGUUCAUGGGUGUGAUACAUUUCACUUGCGCUGUGCCCAUCAUUUGUUGCUUGUCAAAGGGCAGGUAACCACAAAAUAUUAUCGCUUCCUUGCAAAGCAUGGAGGCUGGGUGUGGGUUCAGAGCUAUGCGACAAUAGUCCACAAUAGCAGAUCCUCCAGGCCCCACUGCAUUGUCAGUGUCAACUAUGUCCUCACGGAUGCAGAAUACAAAGGGUUACAGCUAUCACUGGAUCAAGUAACAGCAGCAAAACCAUCUUUCCCAUACUCAAACUCAACCCCAACCAUCAAUGAUUCAAGGAAGGCAUCCAAAUCCCGUCUUAACAGAACAAAAUCCAAACCAAGAACAUCACCUUAUCCUCAGUACUCUGGAUUUCACACUGAAAGAUCUGAAUCUGACCAUGAGAGCCAGUGGGGAGGAAGUCCACUAACAGACAAUGCUUCCCCACAACUGCUGGACCACGCUGAAGGUCCACAGCCCCAUUCCCAGCAUGAUAUUAUCUCCUGUGCCUACGGACAGUUCUCUGAUAGAAACUCUCUGUGCUAUGGCUUUGCCCUCGAGCACUCCAGAUCGGUGGAGGAAAGGCAGUCACACUUCCAUGUGUCGGCGUGCGAAGGAGGAAGGUGCGAGGCAGGCAGAUACUUCCUUGGGGGUUCACAGUCUACAAGAGAAAAUUGGUGGAGCUCUUCCCGUAUGACACUGGCUCUGGCAAAAUCAUCUCCAGAGAGCAGAGAGGGAUAUGAAAACAGCAUGCCACACAUUGCCUCGAUUCCAAGUAUUCAUGGAAGAGGACACUGGGAUGAAGAGAGUGUAGUCAGUUCACCAGACCCUUGCUCUGCCAGUGAAUCGGGGGAUAGAUACCACAAUGAGAGGUAUCAGAGCAGUCCACACGAGCCAAGUAAGAUUGAGACUCUAAUUAGAGCAACACAGCAAAUGAUCAAAGAAGAGGAGAACAGGCUGCAAAUGAGAAAAACUGCCUCAGAACAUCUGCAAUCUAUGAAUGGCAUGGGCAAGGUCCACACCGCCUGCUUUAAUGUGAGCUACCAGCAACAACAGAUGACCAGUGUUGUGUGCCGUGCCCCUCUGAUGACCAACACCUCUCCUUGUGACCACCUCCAGCAAAGAGAAGGCAAGAUCAUGAGCUCUCAUGAGAAUGAAUACAAUAGCAGUCCAGUUUCACUGUCCAGAAUAAGCAGCCCAAGUUCUGACAGAAUUUCAAAGACAAAUGUAGCCUUAGGUAAGGACUACCUCCCUUCUGACCUGUCCCCUCAUCAAACAGGGGGAAACUGCACAUCUUCCCCAAACUAUUACUCCACCCAUCACCGGCAGUACUUCGAUAAACAUCCAUACGCGCUGACUGGCUAUGCCUUUGAGCAUCUGUAUGAUACCGAAGCCAUUAAAAACUAUUCAUUGGGCUGCAAUGGCAGUCACUUUGAUGUGACUUCUCACUUCCGAAUGCAACAGGAUCCAACCCAUGCACACAAGGGCACUUCAGUUAUUAUCACCAAUGGAAGCUGAUGUUUCAUUGUAAUAGUUUAUGGUGAAAUGUAGUAAGCAGAAAGAAUGCAGCAAUUUGGAUGUGAAGGAAAUGUUGAAGCUGCACUUACGUUCUGAGCGCCACCACGCAUUUGUAAGCGCUAAACCAGGUUUACUGAUCCACUAUGUUUGGGAACUGAUUCACAGUUAGUACUGUGCACUGUUACUCCAAAUGCACUGCAGAGCAGAUAAGACUAAUCACUAAAGGGGUGAAGGAGAUGGGUUUAAUUGGGAAGCUUUCCUCUCUGCUUGACAUCACAAAAUCCUACCUGUGUUCUUCGUCAAGCAGUGUACAAUUUUGCUUCACGCAGAGUGCAAAAAAAAUUUAUCCCUGCUUCUGCCCUGGCACAGAAUAUAAUCCAUGUUAAGUGACUAAUCAACUGCAACAAAGUUAAAUAUACAUCAGGGCAUUGUUUCCUUUUGUCCUUUGCAUUACAGAACAUUUAAUUAGCAGUUUUUCUAAAAUAUUUUUAAAAAUUGAGAAAUCUGGCAGUGAAAUUAAGAGCAAGGUACAUAAUAUAGCCUUCUAAACUUGCAUGAGUAACUCCUUAACAAAAUAAGGUGUUGGCUGUAAUAAACCAGUAGAGUGGGAAUUGCAUUUAGCAGAACAGCCCAAUAGUAAUAUGAUGACAACGCAGUGGGCUGGCGGGUGGCUCUGUAAAAGAAAUUUGUUCAUGGUCACUUAAGGUGAACAGGAAAUAUAGCACUGUCUACUCACAGCACUCCAUUUCUGAACUUCAAUUCUAUUGAGAUAAAUGGAAUUGAAUUAAGGAACUAGAGCACAAUGGACAAUUGGCACUCUAUAUGCACAUAUCAUACUAGUGACAAAAGAUAAAUCCAGUAGUAUCAGUACACUCAUUGGUAUGUCUCAGUAACUGAACUUUUGAAUUUAAAUGGUUGAAAUAUGCUGUACUGGCAACAUCAUGCUUGAACAGACAAGAGUUCACAUGGAAUUAUGAAAACUUUCAACCAUAAACUCCCUAAAAUUAAAACUCAUGCAGGCAGUGGAGUCUUGUUUGCUGUUUGGGCUUGAAAUUAAUAUGCAGCCUCUAAUUAUGCUUCAGUUGCUUCAAAAAUGUUUAUUUAAGAGUUAACAAACUUCCCAUUUGCAAUUAGGGAAACAAAUGCGGCGAACUAACUGAGCAAAUCAAAACUACGUCAAAGACAUGUGGCGCACAGCAGGUUUUUAUGAGGCAUUUAACAUGUUUUUCAAGACAGUUGCUUUAUUUUGCUGGACUCCCUUCAUGGAGAGCAUUGUGUGGUUCUAUCAGUUAGCAAAGGAAGCCUCAGAACAACAUGUAAAAACAGAUUAUGUAUAUAUUUUGCAAGUUUUUUGCUGAUGUUGGAUGUUUUUGAGGUAUUGAAAGACCUACAUCAACAAUUCUAUUUCUUUUUGUUCCUAUUACAAGUGCCUGUCCACAUGUUUCUACUUCCCAUAGGUACAUACGCCUAAAUAUGCAUUUGCAAAAGACAUUUUCAAAGGAAAUUUCACCUCUAUUAUGAAGUGAAGGGUUACUCAUAAACCUAACCUUCGGUCAAGUUCUCUGAAGCACACCUUGCUGCGUAUAUGAAGUCCAGUUUGUAAUAUUUGAUAAGUUAUGAUUUGCCUUCCAUUAAGCAACCUUGUGAUGAAUUUGCAAAACCUUUUCUUUAAAAACAGUUGGCCUGAUUGACAGGACUGCUUGUUUGCUGGGAACAGAGCUUAUUAGCUGGUGCUUGGGAAUAAUAUGCUCUAUCUUUAGGAGCGUCCACUCAAUUUGACAUAAUAGGAAGCAAGUAUGUGUCGAGAAGGACGUAAGGACUAACUGGCAUAAAGAAAUCCCUUUUGUUAGCUAGUAUGCUGUACACAGACUCCUGGUUCCUAAGGAAAAUCUACAAAGCCAUUUAUAUUCAAGGAUCAGAGGAGCAUUUUGAAGGAUUUGGUUUUAACAGCAGCUGAUUUUCCAUUCCUGACAGAAGCUAUGUUGAGUUCCUGUUAUGAAGCAAAUGAGUUGGAUCAUGCCACCAAUAUUCCUUUAAGCAAUCAAAAACAUGCUUGAGAAUAUGAUGCUUUCAAUUAAAAAAAAAGGUCCUAUUGAAUAUCUUUAUUUUGUUUUUUUUUAUUUUACCAGGUUCCACUGAUCAGCUACCUCCAUGUCUUGGCAGAUGUUCUGCCUUUAAACUGUACAGUUGCUGGUUUGUUCCAUCACUGUUUUAAUAGAUGGGAUUGUAAAUAAAUGAGUACAUGAAUUAUGAGAUCACAGCUACGUUCAAAGCCCAGAAAGCUUGACUUAUUGACUUGCCAAUGAUAACAAAAAAAACUGGAACUCUGAACUGAAACUGGAACGAGAUGUAUGUGAUUAAAUUAUUGUUCAACCGCGAGUUCAAUUUCUCACACAAUUAAUUUCUUUCUAGCUCAGUAACUAAACAAAGACUUGCUUUAUCAGCCCUAAGCUACAGCAGGUCACAAAAUACUGCACAAAGGAUGACAAGAAAUCACAUGUCAGGAAACCUGGACCAUGUAACAGCCCUUAAAGCACUAGUCGUGGCAUUUGGUGUUCUGAACAGUAUUGAAUUUCUAUUUUUUCAGGAACCUGGGAUGAUUGAACCCAGAUAGAUGGAGACUGCCUUGCUUUCUCUGUCUUCAUGUCCUGAUUUGGAAAAUGUGUUGGAGAUGUUUCUGUUCCGACUAAAUUCUGCCUGAACCCUCACAUUUUACAAUGUACAGUUGUUGGUAGCAUUAUAGUAUAUGUUGAUGUGAAUACAAUUUGUAAAAUGGUGCCAAGUUUCUUUUGUGUAUUCAUAUAGAGGACUAUGAUUUGUAUAGUUAAUCCCCAUGAUCCUGUAAAGUGUUUCCUGUUAGAUUUAUUUAUAUUGUACAUAAUUCUGGCAUUUGAAGUACAUGUGCAUAUAAUGUAUUUAUUAUGUGAAGAAAGAAUGUUUUGGUUUCAAAAUAUAGUUACAAUUAAACAGGUUUUUGUUUUUACAAUCCUA